CAACGCCGCAACAUCUCCGUUUGUUGCGAUUCGCAACCCAAAUGCGCUCUCUGGAACCAAAUGGAUCAUGCCCUCGCCCCCGGCGUGGGUGCGGCCACUCCAUUCAUCCAACAUCGAUGCUUGCGCGUGGCAAGCAUUCACCGUCGAUGUCGUCUCUGACAACGGCGAAGGGAGACUCGGCACAGCCACCUAUUCUUCCAAAGACUUCGUUUUCCCAAAAACGAAACCACUCGGUCUUUACGCAACGCAGAAGAACAGCCUUCAAUAACUUGGUCUGCCACCGGGGUUUUUCUACCACCGACGAAGAGCAGACGUACUCCUACUCGCAGCUCCUCACCAUGGCGACAGCGAGGCAGCUGAAAGGCGACGUUCCCGAGGCCAUUGUGCUGGCCUCCAAAGCCCUAUUGAUUCUGCGAGAAAAACAGCUCGCCGAUGCCGAUGACGGCAGCGGAGGUGGCGAGGAAGCUGCUGCGGUCGUAGAGGAAGAACUCGCCGACGCCCUCCUGUUUCUUGGAAAGCUGCUCCAGCUCGCUGGAAAUUUUGCAGACGCCUCGCGAUCCUUCGAAGAAGCCCGGUGGAUCUUUCACGCGUGUUGCCAGAAACGGCACGACCAGGAAAUGCCAACCCAAAACCCAUCGAAGAAAAGACCGAACCCGAUCGUGAUCGGGAUCCGCAAAAAAGAAUGCUCGGCCCUGUCUCACCUGGCCUUUGCCCAGUCGCAACUGGGACAGUCGCCACCACCACCAGGCCGCACGAGCAGCGAAGAAACAAACGACAACAGCGACCGCCACGAACAGCUCCUCUGUCUCGCCGAGGCCAACUACAAGGAGGCCCUCGAAGGCCUCGAGGAGGUGGUUGGAUGGGAAGACGGAAUGACCAACCACACCGCCCACGAACUGGCCAUGCUGUACAAGCAAACGGGCCGAUACGAACGGGGCAUUGCGAGGCUCACGCGCACCAAAGAAAAACUAGCCGAGGUGUGGGGUCCCGGCGAUCCAAAGGUCGUGCAACUCAACGGGGAACUGGCCGAGAUGCACCGGCUGCUAUCGUCGUCGUCGUCGUCGUCGGAACGAGAAGGCGUGAUUUCCGAGGAAAAGGUCGUGGCCCUGCUGGAAGACGCCCUCGAGGUCCUUCCCCCGAAUUCGCCCGAGGCCCGCCGAAUCUUUGUGCGGCUGGAAGAACUCAAGGAAGAACGAGAACUGGCGGCGGCCGAUCCGGGAGACCGUUCGCAGACAAGCAGCAGGGGCGGCGUCACCGUGACACGGACCAAGGGCAGUGACUCAGCGAAACAAUAGUGCGACAAGACAAGGGCUUGGGCGAAGGGUUGAGAAUCAGCAGGGCCGCCGAGAGAGAAAGAUGAGGGGAUAAGUGAUAGCAGGGGUGCGCUGCGGACGAAAUGGCUAGUGCUUGCGACGAGAGAAGUGAUUGGAAUCAAUUUCGGUUGAUUUC